AUGGGGAAUACGGAGAGCAAUGUGACCAGUGGAGUCAAGAAGCAGGCUGGAGUCUCCACUCAGGCCCUCUACAAGUUCGUGAACCUCAAGGGCGGCGGCCUGCUGGUGGACAUGAUGAAGAGGGCCUGCCAAACGAAACAGUUUGCCGAGAUUGAUCACGCCAUCAAGACCAAGGUGGAGCCCUUUCUGUACAACAAGGGCGCCGGACGAUACUUCCCCAUCUCAAAGCUGGUCCUGCUGCGGAACAGGGAUCGACCUCGCACCCGCCAGCUGCCAGAGAUCCGGGCCUUAGAGAAUCCUGAUGACGACUUCAACAUCCACGACUACUGCCCGGAGGUGUCCGAGGCCGAAUACAUCUCCAAUCCGAGUGCCUAUCGAUUCGUCUGCUGGGAUCUGAAUAUGCGUGGUGCUGUUGGCGAAACCAUUCUCCAUUUGUGCCUGUUGAACGCCUCUUCGCUGCACGCUGAUCUCGCCAAGCGACUGCUCAAGUUCUAUCCAAAACUCAUUCUGGAUAUAUACAUGAGUGACGAGUACUACGGAGAGAGUGUCCUGCAUAUAGCCAUUGUAAACGAAGACCCGGCUAUGGUAAAGUAUUUGCUAGAUGCUAAUGCCGAUGUUCAAGAGCGCUGUUGUGGCGCGUUUAUGUCAGCGGAGGACACAAAAUUCUCCCGCACAGAUUCACCAGAUCAUGAGUACGUGGCUCUCUGUCCCAUGACCAACUACGAUGGUUAUGUCUAUUGGGAAUAUCCCCUAAGUUUCGCCGCCUGCCUUUCGCAGGAGGAGUGCUUCCGGUUGGUUUUGGCCCGAGGAGCCGAUCCCGACUUCCAGGACACCAACGGCAACACCGUUCUCCACAUGCUGGUCAUCUACGAAAAGAUCGAAAUGUUCGAUGUGGGCUACGAGGUAGGAUCUAAUAUCCACGUGAAGAACAUACAGAAUCUCACGCCCCUCACCUUGGCUGCCAAGUUGGGCAGAGUGGAGAUGUUCUUCCAUGUGAUGAGCAUCGAGAGGGAGAUUUACUGGCAAUUGGGAAGCAUCACUUGCGCCGCUUAUCCCCUUCUGAUGAUAGACACCAUCAACGAGGAGACCGGCAAUAUCAACAAGGACUCUGUUCUGAAUUUCGUGGUGUUCGGGGAUAAGCUUGAGCAUCUGGAGCUGCUCGAUGGAGUGGUCAUUGAUCUGCUCAAGACCAAGUGGGACACGUUCUGCAAGUCUCGGUUCUAUAAGCAGUUCUACAUGUUCGCCUUCUACUUCCUAAUAUCGCUGUUUAGCUUUAUUUUGCGACCAGGACCGGACAACAGCGAUGAGGAGGAGGAUGGAGCCAACAGCACCACGGUUAAAAAUGAUCUGUACAGACAGAAUGGCUCCGAGUCCUUACACCGUCAGACAAAAAGGGGAUCUUUAAGUACCGAAUACAAAACCUUUUGGUUGAACUUUACCGAUUACUAUGAUCCCUCUGAGGUUGAGGUCCUGCCUGCCUGGUGGGAAAGCUAUGCCCAGUGUCCACUGAUGAAUCUCGAAUCCGAUUUGGCUAAGCUUCGAAUUAUGGCGGAACUAAUCAACUUUGUGGGAGCUAUCCUAUAUCUUCUGGUGGCUCUACGCGAGGCUCGUUUCUUGGGCUACAAAAUGUUUAUUGAGAAUUUGAUGACGGCUCCUUCGCGGGUUAUGUUUCUGUUUUCGUGUGCCCUAAUGAUGACCAUUCCCUGGCUGAGAGUGUCCUGUCUCACCGAGAUCGAUGACCAUGUGACUGUUGUGAUAAUGCUAACCACUGCUCCCUACUUUCUGUUCUUCUGUCGUGGCUUCAAGACCGUUGGUCCCUUCGUAGUGAUGAUAUACCGCAUGGUCAUGGGAGAUCUGCUGCGAUUCGUCUCCAUUUAUUUGGUGUUUGUGAUGGGCUUCUCCCAGGCCUUCUAUAUAAUUUUUCUGACCUUUGACAACCCAUCGACACCGGAAGAUCAGGAUGCGGAAUCCAAUCCGAUGCCCUCGCCCAUGGAGUCCAUAGUGGCCAUGUUCCUGAUGUCUCUUACCAACUUUGGAGACUACUACGGGGCGAUGGUGUCCACGCAGCACGAGUACGAGGCAAAGAUCCUGUUCUUCCUUUUCAUGGUGAUAGUGAGCGUGCUCCUGGUUAACAUGUUGAUUGCCAUGAUGGGAAAUACCUACCAGAAGAUCGCCGAGAUCCGCAACGAGUGGCAGCGUCAGUGGGCGAGAAUCGUCCUUGUGGUGGAAAGGAGUGUCCCGCCCGCCGAGCGAUUGAAGAACUUUAUGCACUAUAGUCAACCGAUGUCGGAUGGGCGACGGGCCCUGGUUCUGCGCCUGAAUAUGACAGACGAGGAGAAAGAGGAGAUGAAGGAGGUGCAGGAGAUGAAGCGCAUUCAUCAGCGAUUCUCCAACAAGCGGCAAAUGGAGAGGGAGGCCCGUGCUCGUCGGCGCCAGCAGGAGUACGAGAAAUUCUUUGGCGCCGCCCCCAAGUCGGAUAGCUCAGAAAACAAUAACUUUUAA